CAUGCGCAGUGUAGAGACUUCCGGAGCACGGGAUACAUGCUGAUAUAGUAACGACUUACUGCGAGUAACGACUUGUUGUGGGUUAAAGUGUCGGGAUUCCCAAGAUUCAUAAUAAGGACUACAGAAAAGAAUAUUAGCUUUCGAUAUCACCUUCUGUAGAGUUUGCUGACAAGUUGUUUAAUAUCUGAUGCAAUAUGGCAACCAAACACCGUCCACUCUUACGGAUAGUCACAGAGACGAGGCGUCAUGUGAAGGAUUUACCUUUAGGAUUUGUACGAUAUGCUUCCAGCACAUGUUCAGUGAAUCAACCAGCAGAAAACUCGGUCUUUAGAGUCCCGGUGUCGGAAGGAGGACGAGGAGGCGGUGGAUCAUCAUCAUCAUCAUCUCGGUCGUGUCUCCUCAGAUCCGCGGCGUUAGGACUGGGGCUGAGUGCGUUAUACGGUGUAAACAACGAGCGGGAUAAACACGUCUCCAUGAAGACACGACCUGUCACUAACACCGUGCUGCACUGUUUCACACCUACAGCCUACUGUGCAUCCGCAUACAAAGGCGACAGUCCGCGGUAUAAGUACAACUUUAUCGCGGAUGUAGUGGAGAAAUCAUCGCCUGCUGUAGUUUACAUUGAGAUAUUAGGACGGCAUCCAUUCUCUGGUCGUGAGAUCCCUAUUUCUAAUGGUUCUGGCUUCAUCAUCAGUGCUGAUGGUCUCAUAGUGACCAAUGCCCAUGUUGUAGCCAACAAGCGUGGGGUUCGUGUCAAACUGGCCAACGGAGACAUGUACAAUGCCACCGUACAAGAUGUGGAUCAGGCCGCAGACAUUGCAACAAUUAAAAUCAAUGCUAAGCAUCCCUUGCCCACACUGUGUCUUGGGAAGUCAUUAGAUGUUCGUCAGGGGGAGUUUGUGGUUGCCAUGGGGAGCCCCUUUGCUCUGAGGAACACCAUCACAUCUGGAAUAGUUAGUUCGGCUCAAAGAGGCAGCAAAGAACUGGGCCUGUCUAAUGGCAACAUGGACUACAUACAGACUGAUGCUGCCAUAGAUUUUGGGAAUUCAGGUGGUCCACUUAUUAAUUUGGAUGGUGAGGUUAUUGGUAUUAAUACCAUGAAGGUGACUGCUGGGAUUUCUUUUGCCAUUCCCUCUGACAGACUUCGUCUUUUCCUUGAGCGUGCUGCUGAUAAAAAGAGUUCUUGGUUCAGUGGCUCUGAAAAUAAACGGCGCUACAUAGGAGUGAUGAUGUUAACACUAACACCCAGUAUAAUCGCUGAGUUGAAGAUGCGUGAUCCCUCGUUCCCUGACGUAACACAUGGAAUCCUCAUCCAUCGUGUCAUCACUGGCUCUCCGGCCAACAGAGCGGGUAUGAAACCAGGUGACAUUGUGGUGGAAGUCAAUGGGAAAAAGGUGAACACCUCAGAAGAAAUCUACAAUGCAGUACGGACAAAUGACAGCAUCAACAUGGUGGUGCGCAGAGGUCAAGACCUCCUGAUGCUGCACAUUUCCCCUGAGUUCACAGAAUAACAUAUACCAGACACAGUAUUUUGCCUUAUGGAAAAAUUGCAGAUUAAAAAAAAGAUU